AUAAAAUCCCUUCAUUUUCUCCUCAACCAAAUCUAGAACCACAACCCCCUAUACACACACCCCUUACUUGCUUUAUAUUUGGUCUUCUUCUCUUAGUCUCAUCCCCCCCUUCUUUAUUGCCGAGUCCAUUGCACCGUUUCAGACCCUCCCUCUCUCUCUCUACACACACACUCUCUCUCUCUCUUAAAUCUUGAUUUAUGGCCAAAGGAAGUGGACUCUCCUUUGAUUCAGAUCGGAUCGGAUACUUCUUCUAUCAGCCAACUGUUAUCAAUUCAUUUCCUGAAGACACCACCACCAACCACCGCUACCACCACCACAACCACCACCACCCCAAGUUGAAGCUUGAACCCAUGGAGGCUACUACUCCCACUAUCAAAUUCCCAGUCAAUCUCAACUCCACCACACAUGAUGAACAAGAUGUUCCCACGCCGUCCCAUGAUGACAAACGAAGGGUCAUCGAUGAGAUGGACUUCUUCGCCCACGAUAAACACCACCACUCCAAGGCGGCAGCCACCACCGGCGUUGAAAAUGACUUGCCCCGACCUGCCCAAUUGGAUUUCAAUGUCAAUACUGGACUGCACCUUCUGACUGCUGCUAAUAACACCGGAAGUGAUGAAUCAAUGGUGGACGAUGAAACAUCGCCCAACUCUGAAGAUAAAAGAGCUAAGACUGAGCUGACCGUGGUGCAAGCCGAGCUGAAACGAAUGAAUACGGAGAAUCAACGACUGAGAGACAUGCUAGAUCAAGUCACCGGAAAUUACACCACUCUUCAGAUCCAUAUGAUGACACUGAUGCAACAAAAACACAACAACAAUGAAAAACAUGAUCAAAACAACAUGGUAGUAGAUGACAAAUCAGAGGAAAAUAACAAGAAACACAGUGGUAAUAAUGGAGGAGGAGUAAUGGUGCCGAGACAGUUCAUGGACCUCGGGUUAGCUGCCACGGCCGAUACAGACGAGCAUUCGCUGUCAUCGUCAGAGGGAAGAAGAUCGCCGGUUAACAAUGGGGAGGCAGCGUCGAAGGAGGGAGAUGAUGGGGUAAGAGAGGAUAGCCCAGAAAAUGGAUCGAACAAUAAAGUUGCUAGAUUGAAUGGUUUGAAGAAUGUUGAUCAAGCCGCUCCAACGGAGGCUACUAUGAGAAAAGCUCGAGUUUCGGUUAGAGCUCGAUCCGAGGCACCAAUGAUUACAGAUGGAUGCCAAUGGAGGAAGUAUGGACAGAAAAUGGCGAAAGGGAACCCGUGUCCUCGAGCUUAUUAUCGUUGCACCAUGGCUGCCGGAUGCCCGGUUCGGAAGCAAGUGCAAAGAUGUGCAGAAGACAGAACAAUCCUAAUCACCACAUACGAAGGCAACCACAACCACCCACUACCUCCGGCUGCCAUGGCCAUGGCCUCCACCACCUCCUCCGCCGCCCAAAUGCUUCUCUCCGGUUCGAUGUCGAGUGCCGACGGCCUAAUCAACUCCAACUUCAUAGCCAGAACUCUCCUCCCAUGUUCCUCAAACAUGGCCACCAUUUCAGCCUCAGCUCCAUUCCCAACAGUCACACUAGACCUAACCCAAUCCCCCAACAACCCACUCCAAUUCCAAAGACAACAACCACAAACCCAAUUCCACAUCCCCUUCCCAAACCCACCACCUCACAACAACAACUUGAUUGGCCAAGCUCUCUACAAUCAGUCUAAGUUCUCUGGACUUCAAAUGUCUUCUCAUGAUAUGGAAGCUGCCCAAUUUGGCCGCCAAGCACUGCCGCAGAGCUCGGUGGCUGACACUGUCAAUGCUCUGACAGCUGAUCCAAACUUUACGGCGGCGCUGGCAGCGGCCAUUUCUUCUCUGAUUGGGGGUGGUGGUAGUAGUAAUAAUAAUGCCAGCGUGGCAACUACCACCACCAGCAACAACAAUAGCAAUGACAACAAUUCAAGUUUUCCGGAGAAGUAAAGGAUGGACUUGGUUUUUUGCUCACAAGUUUUUACAUUUAUUUUUGUUUUUGUGUUUUUAUUCUAACUUUCUGGGGAUAAAAAGUGAGAUCAUAUACAUGUUCAUUUGGUUUUUCAGAAGCAAUGCUAUAUACUUAGGAAAAAAUAUUCAAGUAAAAGAAAUAUUUGGAAUUUGAAAUAUGUGAAUCAGAUUCUGAACGUAGUUAGUACUAUUUUUUGUAUUCUUUCUUUGUUUGAAUAAUAUCAUCUAAAUUGUGAAAUCAA